CAGGUGUAUCAGUGAUGAUGGUUAACAUUUUUUAAAAAAAGCUCUCACUCUUUCUUCAGCCGUCACUUCGGAUCCAUUGAGCGAUUGGAUUUCUAUAUGAUCAGCUUGUGCUACAGAAAGUGAAGAAACCCUCUAUAGAUAACAGCUGAACAAGUAAGACAUGAGAGACAGACUGAGCAACCUACAGCAGGUGCAGACUGACUCAGAGGGUUUCAGCACAGUGGAGCUGGACGACCUGUCAGAGCAUGCAGCAGCAGCAGCAGCAGCAGCAGCAGCGUCACAUUCACACCAGGACAUGGAUGGUGUCCUACAGGAGGCCCAGCAGAUUCGUCUGCAGAUCCAGCAGAUCCAGAACAACAUCAGCGAGUUGAAAGAUGUCAACUACCAGGCCUUAAACAAGACCACAUACGCCUCAGCAACAAAGCGGGACUCCAAUGCAAUCGGGGCAGAUAUUAAAAGCAGGGCAGAAGGUGUGCUGCAGCGGCUGCACACAAUGAACGCUCUCAGAGGGGAACUGGAGGCCCAGCGUGGCAGCGCUGACCCCACAGCACGUAUAGCUCAGACACAGUACCAGUGUCUGAGCAAUGCUCUGCAGGAGGUGAUGUUCAGCUACAAUGAAACAGAGAUGAGUCACAGGGAGGCUUGUAAACGUCAGAUCCAGAGGCAGAUGGAGGUGGUGGGCAGGGAGGUCAGCGAGGAGGAGCUGGAGGAGAUGAUGGAGGGCAAGGAGUUGACUGUGUUCAGCGUCCAGCUGGAGGGCAAAACGGCCCGUUCCGCUUUCCUCCAGAUCGAGAGUCGUCAAAAGGAGCUGGUGGAGCUGGAGAAGAGGAUCGAGGGGAUCCAGGAGCUGUUCCUGGAUGUGGCCGUGCUCGUAGAGGAGCAGGGGGUCGCCGUCCAAAACAUCCAGAAAAAUGUCCAAAAUGCUGAAGUGGCCGUUCAGGAAGGAAUAGUCCAGCUGGAGAGAGCCACUGCAUCCGAUAAGAGCAACCCCUUCAAGAAACUGUUCUGUGGCUGCUUCCCAUGUUAUUACAAUUAGGUCUGAUGAGGGGCCACUGGGUUUGGAUCAGGUCCACUGGUCCAUGUGGUCAAAACUGCACUACAAAAUAAAUGAGCAACCCUUUAAGCCGUAUCUGGAGCCUUUGAUGAUCGUAAAAUAUUGUGAGACUGUAACUGAGCUGCACCGGUUUCCAGGGUGAGGAGAAACACUGUGGACAAUUCAUUGAACGCUUUAAACACUGAUGAUGAUGAGGUGAACUUAUACUGUUUUUAUCUGGAUAAAAAGAGAGCAAACAUACAUCAAACAAACGAGAGAUCAAUAUAUAUAUAUAUGAGAUUUAUCAAACUAAUGAUCAGCAUAAUUUGCAAACAGCCAUAUCAGCAAAUAAUAUAAAUCAAUAGGGAAUCAGACAUAACUUUCAAUUAUAUAACAUAGUCAUGUAUGAUUGAAAGCCAGUGGUGGAGUGUAGUACCUUAAGUACAGUCCUUGAGUAAAUGUACUUAGUUACAUUCAACUACUGUGGUUAAGUAACAUUUUCGAUGCAGGACUUUUACUUGUAAUAGAAUAUGUUAACAGUCGUGCUACUUUUACGU